CGAAAACGUAUGCAUAGGGCAUGCAAAGUCUGCAGUAUACUAGCUCCAGCUGGAAAACGGGGCAAGAACACGAAGUGGUUUUGCGAGGCAUGCUCGGAAGGCCGUACUGUUGUCGUUUAUCUGUGCCAGUUCAUUCGCCACGAGUCUUUUGGUAUCAAGAAAUCAUGUUUUUCGAUUUGGCACGAAGAUUGGGACUCUGGAAAACUUCUCCCAAUCAAUGUCGACAAGAGGAUUCAAUUCCGAAGGCCA